AUGGCCGCAAAACGGCAAAACAUCGACUUAUUGAUUGGUAUUGCGAUCGGAUUAGCCUUCUCGGCUUCAACAAUAUCACUACUAAAUAGAUUUACGAGCUGGUUAGGGAGAAGGAAGAAGGAAGAUAUUGUAGACGGAGUGCCAGGUCUCAUAGGGAAUACACCUCUUUUGCGAAUCAAAUCCCUGAGCGAUGCUCUGGGUGUUGAUAUUCUGGGCAAAGCAGAGUUUCUCAACCCAGGAGGAAGUGUCAAAGACAGGGUCGCAAUGAAAAUCAUUGAUGAUGCGGAAGCGUCUGGGUACCUCAAACCGGGCAUUGGCUCGCGGAUAUUCGAAGGCACAGUCGGAUCAACUGGAAUAUCUAUUGCUACCCUGGCAGCAGCGAGAGGCUAUAAUACAACGAUCAUAAUGCCGGACGAUGUGGCAGCAGAAAAGGCUCUUGCAUUACGUGCUCUCGGAGCGGAUGUAGAAAAAGUUCGACCCGCCAGUAUCGUUGAUAAGAAGCAGUUUGUGAACUUGGCCAAGUCUAAAGCAGCGGCAUAUGGCACCAACGCCCGUAGCCUCCCUGGUCUUGAUGGUGUUGUGAGCUCUGACCAGGAUCUCGAUGCCAAAGACCAGCCUCGUGGGUUUUUUGCCGAUCAGUUUGAGAAUAGAAGCAACUUCGAGGCACACUAUCAAGGUACAGGACCAGAGAUUUGGAGGCAAUCUGGUUGUAAGGUGGAUGCCUUUGUCUCGGGGGCUGGGACUGGGGGAACGAUUGCGGGUGCUGGACAAUAUCUCAGGGAAAAGAACCCGAAGAUCAUCGUCGUUUUAUCUGAUCCAGAAGGCUCGGGGCUUUACAAUAAGGUAAAACAUGGAGUCAUGUUUGACGCGAAGGAGUCAGAAGGUCGAAAGCGUCGGCACCAAGUGGACACGGUGGUCGAGGGAAUAGGGAUCAAUAGGCUGACCAAAAACUUCGAAUACGCACUCCCAAUUAUCGACGAUGCGAUUCGAGUAUCCGAUGUCGAGGCUGUAAGCAUGUCGAGAUUCAUCGUCAAAAAUGACGGUCUGUUCCUCGGUUCUAGUAGUGCUUGUAAUCUUGUCGCUGCGGUCAAAGUUGCCAAACGCCUUCCUCGUUCGGGACGCGUAGUGACUAUUCUUUCUGGAACGACGAAUACCUGGAAGCGGCAGGAAUCAGAGUAG